GGGGGAUCUCCUUAAAUGCCUCCUGAUCAGCUGUUGGUUCUGUAGUGACAGCCUUAGAGUAGUUGUGAGUAGUGGAUCUUAGAGAGUCAGUUAGUAGGUCAGUGUGUCCGGGUAGGUCUAAGUGGUAAGGAGUGGGACAUUGUCGUGCACCUGACGCCACAAUGGACGGCUAUCCGAUGUAUGGGUUGCUGGUUGGGUUCUCUCUCUGGGGGACCCUCUGGCGUCUCCUCUUUCCUUUGGGCUUCUGGCCCACCUUUGCGUGUAGAGUACGGCCCACUCGUGGUGGUACUUCCACCCAGACAUACACGAAGGAGGAGGAGGAGAAGAUGGCCGCCAUCCUGCAGGAGAGAAAAGAAAAGAAAGAGGCAAAGAAGAAGGCCCUACAGGAGGAGCAGGCGGCCAAGUUGAAAAAGAUUGAGGAAGAGAUGGUCAAAGAGAAGGAGAGAAUCAAGAAAGACGAAGAGAAGAAAUUGAAGGAGGUGGAUGAAGAAGAGGAAGGCCCGCCGCUGCAAAAGAGUAGUGGGCAGCACAGUGGCAGCAACGGUGGGAACCUGGAGAAGAGGAUAUCUGAAUGGGUUGCCAAUCUGUUUGUGGGGGAAGAGGAAGAAGUUAAUAUGUACAUCCCGCAGGAUCAGCAAGAGGCUGCCAUGAGGGCUUGGGAUGCAGAGAACGAUCCCCUCAGACGACAGGCGUUGGAAGACGAGAAGAGGAUGGAGUGGAAAUUAGCAGUGAUAAGGGAGAAGAAGAGGAGAGUUGACAAGGCAGCGGAGGCGGCAGCAGAACUAGAAGAAUUAAAAAAGGUAGAAGAGCAAGUAACCGCCCAGACUGAACUCCCAGCUCAAAUGCGAGUCAUAGCCCGAAGCGUCGCACGCCUGGCACGGAUUCAGGCGGACCAAUACGACUUCACUAGAAGUCAGGAUAUAGUUGUGCGCUCGAUACGAUUGGGCUUUCGGGACUUUGCCCGUGAGUUGGUAGGCAUUGUUGGGGCCGAGGUGGGCCAUCGCCUCGACAAGACCGAACAAUUUUGCGCUGGCGCCAUUGAAGGCGUCAAGGCGGCAGCUCCCAAGGAGGAGGAAGCACGUCCUCCUCGCGGAGAGCCGGUCAAGGUCAAGUUCCCUGAUUCCUACAGUGGGAAAAGGGAAGAGAACUUUGACAACUGGGAGGCCAAUGUUAAGACCUAUGUGCAUCUGCAACAGGUCUUUCCGGAUCAGCAGGUUCUGAUCGCGAUCCACGCGCUCAAAGACGAGGCCGCCAGCUUUGCAAGGUCCCUAGUGCGCGCUGCCAAUUGCAACAACGAUCCGGUUGCAUAUUCGUCGUUUACUCCCGUCACUGAUUUUAUGAAGUUGCUGCGCGAGCGAUUUGCAGAUGUCGCUCGCAGUGUCAAGGCUUCAGACAAGCUCCAGACCAUCCAUUCUUAGGGAGUCCAGGCGAAUUUCCGCCUAGAGAAAGAUGGGAAAGUGGAAAAGAUUCUCCACUCCCUGACUCUCCUCGUAGAAGACAGCCUCCCCUUUGAUAUUGUUCUGGGAAUGGAUUGGGGAGAGGCAGCCGGGGCCACGCUCCAUUUGAAGGAGCACGAGUGUAGGCUCCCUUGUUCGUCAGGAGAGGCCAAGACUGCCCGUCUGUUCCAUGUGUCAGGAGUAGAGAAUUCCUUGGCACAUUGCUGCCUUAGUGCCCCCGCGUUCGCCAGAUUGGUGAAGAAGGAGAAGUUGGAGGAACAGGUUUUUGUUGCCUAUGUUAGGCCAGUGACUGAGCCUACGGAAGAAAGGUCGAUGGACCCUGCGAUUGCCAAGCUGUUGGAAGAGUUUAAGGAUUUGACUGAACCGGCGACAGGCACUGUGCCGCGGCCCAUCCAGCAUCGUAUUGAGAUAGAGCCUGGCAGUAGAACUCCUAAGGGCGCUGUGUAUAGGAUGUCCCCGAGGAAGUUAGAGGAGCUUCGCAAGCAAUUAGACGAGCUCCUCGAGAAGGGUUGGAUUAGGCCCAGUUCGUCUCCAUUUGGAGCGCCUGUUCUCUUUGUCCCGAAGAAGGAGGGAGAGCUAAGGAUGUGUAUAGACUAUAGGGGUCUGAAUGCGAUUACAGUGAAGAAUGUUGAGCCAUUGCCUAGGAUAGACGAUCUGUUAGAUCGAGUGCAGGGGGCGAAGUACUUUUCUAAGAUAGAUUUGCAAUCCGGAUAUCAUCAGAUAGAGGUGCAUCCUGAUGAUCAGUAUAAGACAGCCUUCCGGACUAGAUAUGGGCACUACGAGUUCAUAGUGAUGCCCUUUGGACUAACCAAUGCGCCAGCUACGUUCCAGCGCUGUAUGAACGAUUUGUUUAGGCCGUGGUUAGAUAGAUUCGUUGUAGUUUAUCUAGAUGACAUUCUAGUGUUUAGUAGGACCCUCGAAGAGCAUCAGGGUCAUCUUAGGCAGGUCUUGGAGAAGCUGAGGGAAGCUAACUUCAAGAUCAAUGCAAAGAAGUGCGAUUGUGUGAAGACCCAAGCUUUGAAGUUCGUGAGGAACUCCACCAUCGUUGCGCCCCUUCGCAGAUUGUUGAGAAAGGAGACAAUCUGGAAGUGGGACAAGGACUGCACGUCUGCCAUGAAGAAGCUAAAGCAGGCAUUGAUAGAGUAUCCGGUCCUUAAGGUCGCCGACCUGUCCUUGCCUUUUGUUGUUACUACGGAUGCUAGUCAGUACGGCAUAGGCGCAGUGUUACAGCAAGACGAUGGCAAUGGCUAUAGACCCGUAGAGUUCAUGUCCGCCAGGAUGCCUUCAGAGAAGGUCGCGACAUCUACCUAUGAAUGGGAACUCUACGCUCUCAGGCAAGCCUUAGACCACUGGAAACACUACUUGCUUGGGAGGCACUUCAAAGUCUAUUCUGACCAUGAGACAUUACGAUGGUUAAAGACGCAGGCCAAGAUGACACCUAAGCUUACUAGGUGGGCCGCAGAGAUAGGUUAGUAUAACUUCGAGCUCAAGCCUGUCAAAGGGAAGUACAACGUAGUCGCGGAUGCUCUGAGUAGGAGAGCGGAUUACUUUGGGGCGAUAGUACAUUACCUCGAUAUAGGGAAGGAUCUGCAGCAGAAGGUUAGAGAAGCCUACGCGCAGGACCCUAUCUAUAGUGAGCUCCUCACGCGAGUCAAGGAGGCCCCAGAGACCGAGCCGAACUACCGCACGACUGAAGGGUUACUUUUCGAGAAGACUAAUGUCUUUGACCGCCUGCGCAUUCCCAAUA